UUAAGGGGUGGUGGGAUCGAGGGCGCGCAGUGCGAGCAGCGAGGGCACGUCGACUUCUGCUCGUUGUGUCGCCGUCGCGGGCGAUCGGGACUGCCUGCCCCUCUGUGCGCGACAAGUUCCGACGAAAUCAAAGCCCAUUCAUGCAAAGCUCCAGAAGGUAUAAUACGGAGUAGUCGUGAGGACGGGCAAAUAAUCGCGCGAAUCGGUUGUCGUUCCCGUGACGAGGAAAUGUGUUAGACGUGAGUGACAAUUAGUCGGAUUAAAUACGCGUCACUUGUGCAAAUGGACUCUGUUGCAUCGAUUGCCGCUUGUUAUUGAUCGAUGAAAAAGUGGCCGGUUAUCAAUUAUUCGCGAUAAUCGCGCGGAUCACUGCGAUACUCUGACGCCACAGAAUAAAACGACAGGAGUAUCGAGAGUUUCGUUCGAUUGCGUAGAUAUUCAACGGCAGUGACGUAUUGUUGUGCGCGCGUUCUCAAACGAGAAGAGGAAUAAAAGAACGAGACGAACGAGAGAAACGAGCGUGGCGAACAAAAGCGGAGUGAAGUAGCGAAGGCAUGUUGGAAAAGAUGAUAUUGAGGCGGAAAACUGAUUGAAAGGAGAGAAGAAAUGACGACUAUCGAGGCCGCUAGUGAAAUGAGCGCGAUACGUCGGGCGGUAUGGUUUAGUGCCGUGCUAUUUGCAGCGACACCGUUGGUCUACAGUCAAGUAACAUGGACACCGAUCUACGUGGGACUAUACAGUCAAGUUGAUCUCUGGACACAGAGCACUACGGGCUGCGCUUGCAGCUUUAACUCGACCAGUAACGAUUGCGCUUGUUGUGUACCGGCGGGCGGCUGCAGCUGCGGCGCAGCUUCGCCCGAUAGAUGCGCUCAGUGCGGCCUGGAGCAACAUUGUGCGAAUAUGUGCAACAUAACGUUGGACAGCAGGCAGCUGUUAGGCAAAUCGAAUCGCGGCUUCGGGCAAAUAAAGUCACCGUAUCUCCAAGGGCCCUCGAGGUGUACAUACAGAUUCGUGCCGGAUACCGGACAGCGGGUUGAGCUGCAGAUAUAUCGACUGGUAUCCAUCGGCCGACACAACGGCACCGCGUGCGAGGGCGGCUGGCUGCAGCUUGAGGGCAGUGCCCGCGUUUGCGGUCGUAACCAACGCUUCGACCGACCGGUCGUGCUCUUCUCGGACAAGUCGGUCGCGACUCUACAUAUGCAAAUAAACGAGAACACAACACGAUCGCAGUUCCUGGCCUACUUCAGCUUCUCGUCCAACACAAGUACGUCUGUCGGCUGGCCGGUGAGAGGCGGACAUCCGGUUAACAAUACGGAAUGCGAUUCGGUGUACGAAGACACGGAUUGUCACAACGGAUGCGUUCUAGCCAGCCCCGGAUAUCCUGGACUGUAUCCGCCGAACAUCCGUUGCCGGUACCUGAUCACUUCUGGCCCACGGAUCUCCAUCGCCAUUAACUUCACAGCAGUGCUUCUUCCUUACAACCACUGCACCAGUGACUACAUUGCCGUCUACUCGGGCCCGACUACGUCGAGUCCGUUGCUGAAGAUGCUCUGCGGCAAAGAGAAGACGGCGCUGAUGUACGACGGCCAAGAGCUCCUUGUUGAAUUCAGAACUGGUCCUGAGGUAUCACCCUUUGAUUAUAACGGCUUCGUCGCGACGUUGAAUUUUGUAGAAAUAACAACGGAAGCUCCAACGACAAUCGCUGUCGACACCACAAAUAAAAGCCUCGAAACGAUAAAGACCGUGAGCUACAACAACCGCGACCUCCACGACCUUCACCGCAAGAACCAAGGCGCCGUGACCAGCAGCUGCGACCUCGAGGUGAGCGGCGAGAAGGUGCGGGCAGGCCACCACGACACCAGGGGCAAGCCCAAGUCCACGACGUGCAGGCUCGUGCUGCGUGGACGCGCUUACGAUACCGGACACGUUUCCCUGGCCAGUUACAACCUGAGCGCGCCGUCCUGCCAGUCGACGAUCGAGAUAUUCGACGGGUCGCUGGAAAGCGGGAUGCUGGGUACCGCCAAUUCCUUGGAGAGGAUCUGCAGCCCUGCGCAGUGGCUCCCGCGGGAACUCGCGAGUCAGGAUAAGUACGUCGAGCCGAAGCGCUACUCUUCCAACGGCCGGGAUAUGACGGUGGUUUUAAGACGCGCUUCCAACAGCCCGACCGACGAGGAGUACAUGGAGGUCUCGUACUACUUCCACGACGAACGUGAAGGUGGCACUCAGCAGCCUGCCAGCGUGUGCGACGUCGAAUAUUACGGAUUGACAUCACCGGUGGAGGGCUCAGUGGUGCAUCCGGAAGCGCACCGACUGCUCGCCAUGGAAGGUCCGGUGAAAUGCAAACAGCACUUCAUACCGGCGCCCAACCAGUCGGUGAUCAUUACAGUUAAAGGUAGCACGAAACAGACGGCGAACAAUCCGUGCGAGACCAAGUGUGGUGACAGUGGCUGCCACUGCGUCAGCAAAUCCCUGGAGAGCAUGGACCAUCUUUUGCUAGUCUCCGAGACUGGACACGUUGUUACCUGCCUCUGCGGAAAUUACCAGGACUGGCUUCCUGUGGGCAUCCGCAGUUGGACCCCGGUCUACAUCGAAUGGUCGAAGUCGUCGAAGGCAGGCCUCAAUUUCCACGCGGCCUACAAGUUUAUCAAUGACACCUACUGUGGCGAUCACACGACGACAGAACCGGAAGGCGAGGUCAAUGGCGGUGAUCUAGCGAGCGCCGGCCUCCAACUGAAUCAGUACUAUCAGCAGAAGUGUACCUGGAUUCUGGAGUCGCCGAUCGAUCGGCAGCUAGUCAUCGAAGUCAAAUCCACUCAAAGCCGGCCUUGCACGGCGUGGAACUUGACGAUACACGAGUACAAGAAGGACGGCGAUCCCGCCGGGCCCAGAUUGCACACGUUCUGUUCGAGGGACACGCACAAGAAUUUUACGCUGCCGUGGAAGAUGAAUACCGCGGUGGUUAGGCUGCAUGCCCUCGGAAGAACUGCUCCGCAGUACACGAUGAGAUGGCGAAGUCUGACAGUGAUCGCCAACACUCACAAAAGCGGACCAUCGCCAGCGCCGAACUGGCGCAUCAUAAACUCCUCAAGUAAGGCCGACCCGCGAAUAGCCCUCGUCUUGCUAGCGAUUCUACUCGCGUGCUCAUAUAAUUGUUGAGACUGUAAAUCUCGAAGCGAAUCUAUGCACACGUUCCUGUUAAUCGAACGAGCCUAAGUUAUAAUCUCACGUGUACAUAAACAGUGGGGACUUGCGCCGGUCCUCGUUUUACGUCGCUCGGUGUAAGAUGUGUUUUAAAAAACAGAGCCGGUGACCGAUGGCGAGCCGAGAUUUCGCGAGCUGGUUCGUUAACUCCUGGCCGCAUAAUUUUCACGGAAAAAAAAAUAUUUUAGAUGCGCCGAGAUAUCACAUCAUACGAGGAACGAUAUUCCAAAAAAAAAUUUUAACUGAACUUUGCUAUAUUUUUCACUCUCUAUACGCGAUGCAAUCUUUCGUGGUGUGAUAGAGAGUUGAUGAAUCAGCUUGCCGCUCUUCGGUCAAAUCAUACGUAUACAUAUAUUAUACACACACGUACAUGUACAUCGGAGUUGAAGAAAGUGAUGAUCAGCACAUCUAAUAAGCGCGAUUAGCUCACACAGCGUACUGUCACUCAAUCUAUUAAGCUGAAUCUAUAAAGUUUCUAGAUCCUUGAUCCUCGUCCAAUUAAUUUCAAAUCUCUAAAUGCUCUACACAAAUAAAUAAUAUAAAUUAUUUUUUUUACAAUUUAGAUACAUUAUUUUAAUAUUUAUUUAUUUAUCUGUUGUAGAAUUUAAUAGCUUUACUUUCCAAGACGUUUUUAUAAACACUAGUUGUUAGAUUUUUAACGAAAAUGUAUAAUAACUGUUACAUUAAAAUAUAGCAGUGUACUUGAUUAUUUCUAGAGAAAUUACGGAGUGCUGUUAAUCACCAUAUUUUCACAAUUUUCACCGUAUUGUCGACCUCUUGCUUUAAACAUACUAAGGCCAGACACGGCAUGUGUAUAUAUUAUACAUAUAUAAAGAAGAUUAACAUGCAAGAACGCGAUGCACGGAUUUGAAGUAGCGAAAAUCACACACGAAUUACCCUCCCUUCCUCCCCAUCCUUCUCACUCACGCUCACUCUCUCUCUGUCUCUCUCACGCGAAUGCCAAAUUACACGUGUAAGAGAUUACAUUCACGUAGCGACAUGUGUACAUAGGUAGCGGCGUUAAUAGAAUUUGUACAGAACACGACUAAUUGUCUACACCUAAGUCUACGAAGUACUGUAAAGUAACGAUAAGACGAUUAAUCUUACGCGGCUGCGAACGAGAACGAAGAGAGAGUGUAUUUUACCGAACGAGCUUCGCGUGCCUAAGGCAUCUCGCGAUUUAUUGUUAUACGGUUUGUCGGCGGAACGGGAUGCCUCUCCAUCUCGACGGAAUUAUCAGUCCCGUUCUUUUUUCGCGGUAUCACUAAUCGAGAAGUCACAUUCGGACAUUCGCCCACUGGUGUGCCUCACACCUGCAGGACGUGUCGGUCCGCUGACAAACUCACAAUUGAUUAUUAUUGGGAUAAAGUGGAAAUAAAUGCUAGGUCGUAAAUAUUUAAUGUACGUACUCAUUAAUGCCAACCGGUAGAACAAAUCGCAGACCGUGUAUUCCAGCUGUGCAACAAAUGCGAAACUGUUUCUACGAUUUUCCAUUGAUUUCACGAUGAAUCCACGAAGUCGUCACAAUUUUUUUAUACCUAAUUAAGUGUAACGUAAUGCAGCCUUGGCAAUAUUAACCUAAGUAUAAUAACACUAGUCAUCUUUGUGCAAUUUCCCUGAAAAAAAAAAGACUUUGCAUCUAAUUUUGCGUUUUAAGUUUGUUUCAAAAAUAGAUAUAGAUACAUUAAAAUCACUGCCAUUCUAAUACUGAAACUUUCAAUGCUUCUCGAUGCCCUUCUCGAUCUUGUUUUUUAAUCCACAAUUUAUCUCCAUAUUAUGCCCCCAACAAAAUUUGAAUUAAUUUUCACUAUUCAACAAAUUAAUUUUAGUAAUUUGGAAGAAAAGCGUAAGUAUAUUUGCAAAAUAUAUUGAGGAAUUGAUUAUUGAUAUAUUGUAUUUAUCAUACUUGGAGAGUUUUGUCUGAGAAUUUUAGUGUAUAUUGUAAAAGAUCAAAUUACUUUUGCACUUUAUUAUUAAACAAUCUAAAUUCAUGUUUAGCGAUAUAAUGCACGAAAAAGCAAUUAUAUUGUAAUAUGUUAUGUUGUAAUUCGUAAGAUAAGUAAACUAUAUUCAUCGAAAACCUCGUCAAAACAGACAUGAAAGUUGUGUAAUUAAUUACCGCAAAAUCGACUGAUGCAAUGAGAUCGAAAUCGACGUAAUUUAUACAAAGAAUGUAGAUGUGGUGAACUCUUUAAAAAUUUAAUUCUCCAGACAGACCUGCGACGAAUGCUCGCAUCUUUGUGUUCAACAUUCCCGUAUUUGUAGAAGUUGUGUUUUAUUGCGCAUCUAUACAAUAGCUGGCUUUUCAUUUGAAAAGCAUACCGGUUUUUUCACAAAACACGUGCGACCUACGGAAGAAAAAUACGUGUUAUAUGUACUAGCCGCGUAUAUAUAAGUCACAAUAAAUAGUCAAUUGUUUCAUAUAAAGUCUAAAUAAAGUAAAAUAAAACACUA